AUGGGCUUGAAGAACAUCUUGCUCUUGGCCUCGUUGGCCUCGGCCUCCCCGGUAGCGGACAAGAGGUCCGACGUCCCAGAGGGAUACUACUCUCCUCCGUACUAUCCUUCCCCCUACGGCGGAUGGGUCGACAGCUGGGCCGAGAGCUACGACAAGGCCAAGGCGCUCGUGGACCGCAUGACGUUGGCGGAGAAGACCAACAUUACUGCUGGAUCUGGUAUCUUCAUGGGUACCCGAUGCAACGGCAACACUGGCUCGGCGUACCGCCUGGGUUUCCCCCAGCUCUGCCUCAACGAUGCCGCCAACGGCGUUCGCCAGGCUGACAACGUCACCGUCUUCCCCGAUGGCAUCACCGUCGGCGCCACCUUUGACAAGAAGCUCAUGUACGACCGCGGAAAGGCCAUCGGCGAGGAGGCCCGCGGAAAGGGCGUGCACAUCUGGCUGGGCCCCACCAUCGGUCCCAUCGGCCGCAAGCCCAAGGGCGGUCGUAACUGGGAGGGAUUCGGUGCCGACCCGGUCCUCCAGGCCGUCGCCGGCAGGGAGACGGUCCGCGGCGUCCAGGACCAGGGUGUCAUCGCCACCAUCAAGCAUCUCAUCGGCAAUGAGCAGGAGAUGUACCGCAUGUAUAACCCCUUCCAGCAGGGUUACAGCUCCAACAUUGAUGACCGAACUCUGCAUGAGCUGUACCUGUGGCCCUUUGCCGAGGCCGUCCGUGCCGGCGUCGGCGCUGCCAUGACGGCCUACAAUGCUGUCAAUGGUACCGCCUGCAGCCAGCACCAGUACCUGAUCAACGGUAUCCUCAAGGACGAGCUCGGCUUCCAGGGUCUCGUCAUGUCGGACUGGCUCGCGCACAUGUCCGGCGUGGACUCGGCCCUGUCCGGACUGGACCUGGACAUGCCGGGUGACACCCAGAUCCCUCUGUUCGGGAACUCGUACUGGAUGUACGAGAUGACGCGGGCCACGCUCAACGGGACGGUGCCGAUGGAGCGUCUCAACGACAUGGCGACGCGCGUCGUGGCGGCGUGGUACCAGAUGGGCCAGGACGAGGGCUUCCCGGCCACCAACUUCGACACCAACACCAACGACGCCGUGGGGCCCAUCUACGCAGCCGCCUGGCCGCUCAGCCCGACGGGCAUCGUCAACGAGUUCGUGCCCGUGCAGGCGGACCACGACGUUGUGGCCCGCGCAGUGGCGCGCGACGCCAUCACCAUGCUCAAGAACGAGGACGACCUCCUGCCGCUCAGGGCCUCGACGCCCGUCACCGUCUUCGGCACGGCCGCCCAGGCCAACGCAGACGGCCCCAACGCCUGCGCGGACCGCAAGUGCAACAAGGGGACCCUGGGCCAGGGCUGGGGCUCCGGCACGGUAGACUACAUGUACCUCGACGACCCCAUCUCUGCGCUGCGCGACGCGUCGUCGGCCGAGGGCGGGGUCAGGUUCUACAACACCGACUCGUUCCCCUCUAGCCUGGACGAGGACCCCGCCGACGGCGACGUGGCCAUCGUUUUCAUCACCUCCGACGCCGGCGAGAACACGUACACGGUCGAGGGCAACCACGGCGACCGUGACGCCUCCAGGCUGGCGGCGUGGCACGGCGGCGACCAGCUGGUCAAGGCUGCCGCGGCCAGGUACUCCAGCGUCGUCGUCGUCGUGCAGACGGUGGGGCCGCUGGUCCUGGAGCCGUGGAUCGACCUCGAGGCCGUCAAGUCGGUCCUGGUGACGCACCUACCCGGUCAGGAGGCCGGCAAGACGCUGACCGACGUGCUGUACGGCGAGACAUCCCCCUGCGGCCACCUCCCCUACUCCAUCACGUACCAGGAAGCAGACAUGCCGGCGAGCGUGACGGAACUCAUAGACCACGCCUUCCUCAACCAGGCCCAGGACACGUACUCGGAGGGCCUGUACAUCGACUACCGCUACCUGAACAAGGAGUCGAUCCGGCCCCGGUACGCCUUUGGCCACGGCCUGAGCUACACCACCUUUGACAUGGGCAACGCCUCCAUCUCCAAGGUCACACAGCUGCAGCGCCUGCCGCCCGCCCGCCCCGACAAGGGUCCCGUGCUCAACUACUCCCAGGCCAUCCCCGACGCCAGCGAGGCCGUCGCCCCAGCGGGCUUCAACCAGAUCCCGCGCUACAUCUACUCGUGGCUCAGCAAGGACGAUGCCGAGAAGGCCGCCGCCAAGGCGGGAACGACACCCUAUGAGCACUACCCCGAGGGUUACACGUCCGAGCAGAAGGCCCAGGGCCCGCGUGCCGGCGGCGCUCAGGGCGGCAACCCAGCCCUCUGGGACGUCGCCUACUCCCUGUCCGUCACCGUGACCAACUCGGGCGCGCGCAACUUCUCCGGCAAGGCGUCCGUCCAGGCAUAUCUCCAGUUCCCCGACGGUGUGGCCGAGGACACGCCCAUCAUCCAGCUCCGUGACUUUGAGAAGACGCGCGAGUUGGCCCCCGGCGAGAGUCAGACCGUAGACCUGUUCCUGACGCGCAAGGAUCUCAGCGUCUGGGACGUUGAGCUGCAGGACUGGGUCGUCCCGGAUGUCGAUGGCACGUACAAGGUGUGGCUGGGCGACGCGAGCGACAACUUUUCCGUCGUGUGCCGUGCUGACACGCUCAGCUGUGAUGAUGCGACUGACGGACCCGUAUAG